AAAGCAAAAGCUGAAUUUGAUGCACAGAUGCAGAAAGAUGCCAAAUAUUCUGACGUCUCGGUUAUGUUUACUGUUUUUUGUGGCAGUUUUCCGGCUCUCUGCAUCCGCCGAGGUCUCCGUAUGGACCGUGGAGAUCAGCGGAGGCCAAGAUGCAGUGUUUCGCAAGACAUUGUAUGCCAACACUACCAUCUACAUGAAAUUUCGAGGAGACACGACAUCAUGUGACAAGAACCUGGCCUUCAACAUCAGCUGGUAUCUGCGCUCAUCUGUCUGCUACAAUGAGGUCUUUAACACUCCUGACCAGAAGGCCAUGAACAUGUUUGGGAUGGACCACAUGUUAAAAGAUGGCUGGAGCGGCUUCUACAGUCAAGGCUACAUGUACUUUGAAAACUGCACCUCUCUUUUCUUACCAAAGGGAUAUUAUACAGAAUUCUUCCCAUAUCAGCCCCUUACUGGUCCAAAUAGUCCUGCUUCAAAUCUGAGUUUUAAUUUCCCGGACAAGCCUGAAUUAAGUGCAGUGGCCAAAGCUUGGGAGGACAGCCCCUACCUCUUCAUUGUAAAGGUGCAGCCAAUAAUUCGUGGCAUAUACGAUGAAGAUUUUGUAACACCACCGUUUCUUUUUACAAUGAAAGUGGAGAUGAAGGGUCCCCAUGACUAUUCGUCCCCUGCAGACUGGCCUCUAAUGAUGUUCUUCAUGGCAAUGUGCAUUGUUUACGUGCUGUUCGGGGCGUUGUGGCUUGUUUGGUGCGCCUGUUACUGGAGGGACCUGCUCAGGAUUCAGUUCUGGAUUGGAGCUGUCAUCAUACUGGGAAUGUUAGAGAAGGCAGUGUUCUACUCAGAGUACCAGAGUAUCCGUUACAAAGGAGACUAUGUGCAAGGAGCAGUGAUUUUUGCUGAACUGCUCUCUGCUUUGAAAAGAUCACUUGCUCGGAUUCUGGUGCUCAUUGUCAGCCUCGGCUAUGGCAUUGUGAAGCCACGGUUGGGCACCACAGUUCAUCGCCUAGUGGCAGUCGGCCUUCUGUACCUGCUCUUCUCUUCUGUGGAGGGUGUGCUCAGAGUUACAGGGAGUUUCUAUGGGACAGUUGCCCUCGUCGCUAAUCUUAGCCUUUCCCUCAUCGACUCCUGUGUCAUGUGGUGGAUUUUCAUCAGUCUGUCUCAGACCACUCGUCUACUUAAGCUUCGCAGGAAUGUGGUGAAGCUUUCAUUGUACCAGCAUUUUACAAACACUCUCAUCUUUUCUGUGGUUGCCUCCAUUAUCUUUAUCAUCUGGACCACCAAAGUCUUCAAGCUGGUUGACUGCCAGACGGGCUGGAGGGACUUGUGGGUAGAUGAUGCUUUCUGGCGCCUCCUCUUCUCCACUAUUUUACUGGUCAUUAUGGUGCUGCUGAGGCCCUCUGCAAACAGUCAGAGGUUCUCUCAUUCUCCUCUCAUUGAUGAAGAGGAUGAAGAGGAAGAAGCCAAGGAGCCUAUGCUAAAUGAAGCAUUUGAAGGAAUGAAGAUGAGAGGCUCUAAGCCUGAUUCCAAUGGCUCCCAGAAAUUACUGAGCAAAGAGGAUGAAGACCUUAAAUGGGUGGAGGAGAACAUUCCCACAACUGUUGCAGAUGUAGCACUCCCAGUCAUACUAGACGAGGAAGAGGAAAUCCUCAAGAACAAGAUGGAGAGGUCCAAAAUGGAGUAAGAUGAUAAUGCCAUUUGAAUGAAGAAAAGGCUACUUCACAGAGGCAUCAGUGAAUGGGCUGAAGAGAUCAAUUAACCAAAUAUGAGGGUAAAGUCUCUCCAGCAUACUAGGAUAUUUUUAACAACACAAAUAUGGCAGAGGCUGCUAUAAACAUACUCUUGAGAUUGGUAUGUCGACCGUCCAUAGUGGUAAAUUAUUGUAAUUGAAUGACUAAGUGUAAUUUCUCACAUUUUGACACUACAUUUUCACACUGUAGUGAAGCCCAAUUAUCACAAUAUAAAUCACUAAAUGCCUGACAGCAAAAUCAACAA